GAGUCUGAGACCAGCAUGUCCUGUGUUCUCAACCAGGACUGCAUUUUACCAUGUCAGUUCAGGAAUCGGGUCACCAACAUGACAUGGGAGCGUGAAAAAUCUCUGAUUGUAAGUUAUGACCAGGGUAACAUCACAUACUCUGAGAGCUUCAGAUCCAGAGCGUCACUGUUUGAGGAUCAGAUCUCCAGAGGAAACGGCGACCUGCUGCUGAGAGGAGUGAAGGUUGAUGAUGAGGGAGGAUAUCUGUGCACUGCAAAGAUAAAUGGCAGCUAUUAUAGACAUUAUGUUGACCUUACAGUAGAAGCUCCAGUCUCUGACAUCAGAAUCCAUCAGGAUGGAAACAGGAUCACCUGCAGCUCAGAGGGGAUCUACCCUCAACCUGAACUCACCUGGUCCACUGAGCCUCCAUCCAACACGACUCUGCAGAACAGAACCACAGUCCAUCAGACUGAGGAGAAGCUUUAUGACAUCAGCAGCUCUCUGACGGUUCCAGAUGAAAAUCCAGGUUUGGUCUACACCUGUAAUAUCAGGACUCGGAGGAACUGGAGAAGAGAAACUUUAAAUAGACCAGAUGUUCUAACUGGGGUCUGUAUUCUCAAUAAGGCCUGCAUUAUACCAUUUCGGUUCAAGAACAGUAUCACCUCCAUCACAUGGGAACGUGUGUAUCCACCAUCUCUGCUUGUAAAGUCUAACCAGACUAACUUCAGCUACUCUAAGAGCUUCAGAGGCAGAGCGUCACUGUUUGAGGAUCAGAUGAUUACAGGAAACGGCUCACUGCUGCUGAGUGGAGUGAAGCUUGAUGAUAAGGGAGAAUAUAAGUAUUCUGCACAGAUAAACGGGAUCCAUUAUUCUAUUUAUUAUCUCAUUGGAGUACAUGCUCCAGUCUCUACAUUCAGAAUCCAUCAGGAUGGAAACAGGAUCACCUGCAGCUCAGAGGGGAUCUACCCUCAACCUGAACUCACCUGGUCCACUGAGCCUCCAUCCAACACGACUAUGAAUGAAAGUACCAGGAUCCAGAAAACUAAAGAUCAGCUUUAUGACAUCAGCAGCUCUCUGACGGUUCCAGACGGUUCUGAUCCGAUCUACAGCUGCACCAUCAGAGCUCAUUUGGAGUUUGUCGGGACAAGAUGGUGGAGAGCAACUUUAGCUGAACCAGGAGCUGAAGUUACAAUCUGCUGCACUUCCUUAAACAUUUCUACGUCCAGUUUGGUCUGGAGGUUCAACCACCAUCAGAUCAUCCUGACCAAGACUGACAGAAACAUCUCCAACAUCUCAGAGGAGUGGAGGAAACAUGUGAGGAAUGUUUCAGCGUCCGGCAGCCUCACCUUACAGGAUGUGACCUCAGAUCAGGAGGGAGUUUACAGCUGUGAGCUCAGUGAUGAUGAGGAGACGAUUAUAACUCACCUCUAUCUGAGGAGGACUGGAGAGAAUCUGGUGGUUCCUGAACUCAUCAGACGGACGGUGGUUUGUGUUGUGAUUGCAGCAGCAGCAGCUGGAUUCAUAAUGUUCUACAAGAAGAAAAUGGAGGAAAGUGAAGCUCUGCAGCUUUAACCCUUUCAUUCACAUUCAGAGAGUGGUUUUGUUUUAAUGCCAUUCUCACAUUUUACCCGUCAAGAUGAUUCAUGAGCUUUGAUGUAGUUUCACAAAAUGAUCAGCUCUUCAUGUUCUUCAGGUGAUUCUCAUGUUUGGAGACAUUUCUGUUUUUAUUUUUAUGAUGAUUUCAUCUCCUGCCCAGCAGGGGGCGCAGCUAAAUAUAUUCUUUAUAUUCUACCAGCUAAACUUUCUCAGAACUUUAUCAAUAAAAUGUUUAUUUCUGUAUAAAAUGAAUUUUAUUACAUUAAUAGCUGAUAUAUGAGCUUUGAUGUAGUUUAACAAAACAAUUAGUUCUUCAUGUUCUUUUGUUGUUUCUCACAUUUGUAAAUAUUUGUUGUUUUUUUCCUAAAUGUGAUGAUUUUAUAGUUUCAUCUCCUGCCCAGCAGGGGGCGCAGCUAAAUAUAUUCUUUAUAUUCUACCAGUUUCUCAUAGAUGUAUCAAUAAAAUGUUUAUCUCUGAA